AUGGACUCUAAGUACCCGCGCUCUGUGCGGUGCUGCCUGCCCCUGUUGAUCGUAAUACUGGAGGUGAUUUUCAUUCUCCUCUUCUUCUUUUACACCUCCUAUGACAUGUCCUCAAAGGAUCAGAGGAAGCUCCUGGGGAACUAUCGAGCCCUCCAGGAUGUUACUGUCAUGGCGGUCCUUGGCUUGGGCUUCCUCAUCUCGUCUUUGCGGAGACACGGCUGGAGCAGUGUGGCCUUCAACCUCUUCACGCUGGCCUUCGGGGUACAGUGGGCUGUCCUGGUGGACGGCUUCCUAAACCCAGCCUCCUUGAACGAAAUAGUCAUCGAACCAUCCAGUAUUCAGCUGGCCACCGUGAGUGCCAUCUCUGUGCUGAUCUCCGUGGGCACCGUCCUGGGGAAGGUCAACCUGGUGCAGCUGGUGUUGAUGGCGCUGUUGGAAGUGACAGCCUUUGUCAUCUUGAGGGUAUUCGGCAAGAAGUGGUUGGACAUGGACAACCACCUAAGCCUGAUGUAUGUCCAUGUGUUUGCAGCCUAUUUUGGGCUGAUAGUGGACUGGUGCCUCUCAAAGCCUCUGCUCGAGGAAGCAAAGGAGAAAGAUCAGACAGCAACGAGCACCAGUUUGUUUGCCAUGCUGGGUACCCUCUUCUUGUGGAUGUUCUGGCCAAGUUUCAACUCUGCUCUGCUGGACUUGACAAACGAAAGGAAGAAUGCCAUGUUCAACACUCACUAUGCUCUUGCGGUCAGCACAGUGACAGCCAUCUCGGUGUCGGCCUUAUCUAACCCCCGAGGGAAGAUCAACAUGACUCAUAUCCACAAUGCAGUGCUGGCAGGAGGUGUGGCUGUGGGUGCCUCGUGUCACCUGAUCUCUUCUCCUUGGAUCUCCAUGGUGCUGGGCCUUGUAGCUGGGCUAAUCUCCAUCGGGGGAGCCAAAUGCCUGCCGGUGUGUUUAAACCGCAAGGUGGUGAUCCACGACAGCUGCGGCGUGCACUACACCUUCGGCUUACCGGGUCUGCUCGGAGGGAUCGCCUACAUCGUGCAGAUGGUGCUACAUGCCAGCUGGGCCGGGGAUCCCAUUUUCAUCAUUUGGCUAGUGGAUUUUAAGCAGAAGCAUCCAAGGAAAACAAGGCCUGUGUGAAAACAAGACAACUUCCUUUCACUGUUACCCACCUUUUUGUGUGUGCAACAAACACUCGUUACAGCAAAGUCUCCUUAUGUACAAUGAGACAAGGUCAGAGGUAGAUUUGAUAUUAAAAAUAA